CUUAAGGAACAACUGAGGGAACAACUUAAGGAACAACUGAGGGAACAGCUGAGGGAACAACUUAAGGAACAACAGAGGGAACAACUUAAGGAACAAUUGAGGGAACAACUGAGGGAACAACAGAGGGAACAACUUAAGGAACAACAGAGGGAACAACUGAGGGAACAACAGAGGGAACAACUUAAGGAACAACUGAGGGAACAACAGAGGGAACAACAGAAGGAACAACUUAAGGAACAACUUAAGGAACAACUGAGGGAACAACUUAAGGAACAACUGAAUAAACAACAGAGGGAACAACUUAAGGAACAACAGAGGGAACAACUUAAGGAACAACAGAGGGAACAACUUAAGAAACAACAGAGGGAACAACUUAAGGAACAACAGAGGGAACAACUUAAGGAACAACUGAGGGAACAACUUAAGGAACAACAGAGGGAACAACUUAAGGAACAACUGAGGGAACAACAGAGGGAACAACUUAAGAAACAACAGAGGGAACAACUUAAGAAACAACAGAGGGAACAACUUAAGGAACAACUUAAGGAACAACUUAAGGAACAACAGAGGGAACAACUGAGGGAACAACUUAAGGAACAACAGAGGGAACAACUUCAGGAACAACUGAGGGAACAACUUAAGGAACAACAGAGGGAACAACUUAAGGAACAACAGAGGGAACAAUUUAAGGAACAACAGAGGGAACAACUUAAGGAACAACUGAGGGAACAACUUAAGGAACAACUGAGGGAACAACUUAAGGAACAACUGAGGGAACAACUUAAGGAACAACUGAGGGAACAGUACAGUUGAUCACAAUAUUUCACUCUCUAGGUUAGACCAGUGUGGUAUCAAAGUCUCUGCAUUGGAUUGGUUCAGGUCUUAUCUGUCUGACAGGAGCAUUUCUGUAAAACUUGGAAAUUCUGUUUCCUCCUCAGCCCCCCUCACAUGUGGGGUUUCCCAGGGUUCCAUCCUUGGUCCCAUUUUA